GCAGCAGCCGCCAGCCCGGGCAGCGCUCGGGGAGGGGACGCGCGGCCGCGGCUCCGGCUCCCCCGGCAGGACCCCGCGGCGGCGCCCCCAGACCCGCCUCCCCGCGCGCGCCGCGGCCGCUGCAGCCUAGCCCCGCUGUGUCGGAACGAAGAUGGAGCCGCCGGGGGGCCUGGUGCUGCUGCUGCUGUUCCUGCUGCCCGUGCAGGCCCGCGAGCGCCAGCCGCUGCCCGCCAGGUCCAGCCCGCGAGCCAGGACCAGGCCGGCUCGGACCCACCCGCAGCAGGGCCUCCUGGAGAGCUCCUGUGAGAACAAGCGGGCGGACCUGGUCUUCGUCAUCGACAGCUCCCGCAGCGUCAACAGCCAAGACUACGCCAGGGUGAAGGAGUUCCUGGUGGGCAUCCUGCAGUUCCUGGACGUGGGCCCCGACGUGACGCGCGUGGGCCUGCUGCAGUACGCCAGCACCGUCAAGAACGAGUUCUCGCUGCGCACCUUCAAGCGGAGGGCAGAGGUGGAGCGGGCCGUGCAGCGCAUGCGGCGCCUGGCCACGGGCACCAUGACGGGGCUGGCACUGCAGUAUGCCCUCAACAUCGCCUUCUCGGAGGCGGAGGGUGCCCGGCCGCUGCGGGAGCACGUGCCGCGGGUGCUCAUGAUCGUCACCGACGGCCGGCCCCAGGACUCGGUGGCCGAGGUGGCCGCCAGGGCCCGCAACACCGGCAUCCUCAUCUUCGCCAUUGGCGUGGGCCAGGUGGACCUCGGCACGCUGAAGGCCAUGGGCAGCGAGCCGCACGAGGACCACGUCUUCCUGGUGGCCAACUUCAGCCAGAUCGAGUCCCUCAUCUCCGUCUUCCACAACAAGCUCUGCGUGGUCCACAUGUGCAGUGUCCUGGAGCAGCCCUGCACCCACUACUGCAUCAACACUCCCGGUUCCUACGUCUGUAGCUGCAGGCCCGGCUACAGCCUGCACUCGGACCAGAGGACAUGCACGAUCCAGGACCUGUGUGCUGGGGAGGCCCACGGCUGCGAGCAGCUCUGUGUCAAUGUCCUGGGCUCGUUCGUCUGCCAGUGCUACCAGGGCUACAGGCUGGCGCGGGACGGGAAGAGCUGUGUGGCUGUGGACUACUGCGCCUCAGAAAACCACGGCUGUGAGCACGAGUGUGUCAAUGCCGAUGGCUCCUACGUUUGCCGCUGCCCGAAAGGAUUUGCUCUUAACCCAGAUCAAAAAACCUGCACAAAGAUAGAUUACUGCGCAUCCCGGGACCACGGCUGUCAGCACGAGUGUGUGAACACAGCCGACUCCUAUGCCUGCAGCUGCCUGAAAGGUUUCUCCCUGAACCCCGAUGGGAAAACCUGCAGAAGGAUCAACUACUGCGCCCUGCACAAGCCCAGCUGCGAGCACGACUGUGUCAACACGGAGGGCGGCUUCUCCUGCCGCUGCCGCCGGGGCUACACACUGGACCCCAAUGGCCGGACCUGCAGCCGGGUGGACCACUGCGCCCAGCAGGACCACGGCUGCGAGCAGCUCUGCCUCAACACCGAGGACUCGUUCGUCUGCCAGUGCUCCGAGGGCUUCCUCAUCAACGACGACCUCAAGACCUGCUCCCGGGUGGAUCACUGCCUGCUGAAUGACCACGGCUGCCAGCACGCCUGCAUCAGCACAGACACGUCCUUCGUCUGCCGCUGCCCCGAGGGACACAGGCUCCGCGGGGACGGCAAGACCUGUGCCAAAUUGGAUGCGUGUGCCCUGGGGGACCACGGCUGUGAGCAUUCCUGUGUCAGCCGCGGCGACUCCUUUGUGUGCCGGUGCUUCGAGGGAUACACGCUCACCCAGGACGGCAAAGGCUGUAGGAAGAGAGACGCCUGCCAGGAGGGGACGCACGACUGUGAGCACCUGUGCGUGAGCAGCGGCUCAUCCUACAGCUGCAGGUGCAGGGACGGCUUCCGCCUGGCCCCCGACGGGAGGCGCUGCCGCCGGAAGGACGUGUGCAAGUCCACCGCGCACGGCUGUGAGCACAUGUGUGUGAACCACGGCAGCUCCUACGUCUGCAAGUGCUCCGAGGGCUUCGUGCUGGCCGAGGACGGGAGACGCUGCAAGCGGUGCACGGAAGGCCCCAUCGAUUUGGUCUUCGUGAUCGAUGGAUCCAAGAGCCUCGGGGAAGAGAACUUUGAGAUUGUGAAGCAGUUUGUCACGGGCAUCAUCGACUCCCUGGCCGUGUCCCCCAAAGCGGCGCGUGUGGGGCUGCUCCAGUACUCCACACAGGUCCGCUCAGAGUUCUCCCUGCGGGACUUCAGCUCCGCCAAGGACAUGAAGAAGGCCGUGGCCUACAUGAAGUACAUGGGCAAGGGAUCCAUGACAGGCCUGGCGCUCAAACACAUGUUUGAAAGAAGCUUCACCCAGGUGGAAGGAGCCAGGCCUCUCUCCAGUCGGGUGCCGCGCGUGGCCAUCGUGUUCACCGACGGGCGGGCCCAGGAUGACGUCUCUGAGUGGGCCAAUAAAGCCAAGGCCAAUGGUGUGACGCUGUAUGCUGUGGGCGUGGGCAAGGCCAUCGAGGAGGAGCUGCAGGAGAUUGCCUCGGUGCCCACCCACAAGCACCUUUUCUACGCCGAGGACUUCAGUACCAUGGGAGAGAUCAGUGACAAGCUGAAGAAGGGCAUCUGCGAAGCUCUGGAAGAUGCGGACCGCAGCCAGGACUCCCCCGCGCAGGGGCCGGAUCAGGGCCAGCAGCCAGCAGAGUCCAAGCCGGUCACCAUAAGUAUCCAAGACCUCCUGUCGUGUUCUAAUUUUGCAGUGCAGCACCGCUAUCUGUUUGAAGAAGGGAAUGUGUUGCGGGGCACCCAGAAGCUUUCCCACCCCACUGCAGGACGCCCUUUGGACGCGGACCCCGAGCAGUGCAAGUGCAAGCACCUGAUCGCCUUCCAGAGCCUGGCCAACGAGAAGGUCCAGAAGCUGAGCCAGCGCCUGGAGGAGAUGACCCAGCGGCUGGAAGUCCUGGAGAACCGCCUGAGAUACAGAUGAAGACGCAAGUGCUCGGUCACGCAUCCAGGCUCAUGCCGCCACUCCGCUGGGCGGGGAUACCCAGCUCGGCUGACAAAGCCAGUUUGUACCCCAAAAGCCCAGAGUAAACACUGACGUGUAAUUGGGUGGCGGGAAGAACUGCCGCCAGAAUUCUCAAGGUGUCCCGGUCAGCUCUGCCGUGCCUCGGCUGAGAUCCGCCCUGGCUGCAGAACACGCUGGCCAUAGGCCAAGCUCUCCUUGUUUGGGACUUGACCUUGCAGUGUGUGUAUGAGUAUCUGCAUAAAACCACCAAGCCUAUGUACUUGUCUGACAAGUUGGAUUCUUUUAAAGACAAUAUUAAAAU